AUGGCUCUUCAGGUUACUGAGUUUGGCUGUGGAGGCAUAGCAAUUGGUUUGUGCAUCUCACACAAGGUUUGUGACGGGACAACAAUAGCUUCAUUCCUCAAAGCUUGGUCCCAAAAGGCAAUGGGAGAAGCUUCUUCUUCACCUCUUAAUAUGGAAGCUUCUUUUCUUUUUCCACACAAAGGCAUAGAGAUUGACAUCAAUGAUAGGUUAGGUGAGAAGAAUAUUACAACAAAGAGAUUUCUGUUUAGUGGAAAUAGCUUGUGCAAAUUGAAAGAAGAAAUUUCAAGAGGUUGCGGCUUUAAACCAACCAGAGUUGAAGCUGUGACAACUUUGAUAUGGAAAUCAGCAUUGGAAGCUGCAAGAACCACAGAACUAAGUGACAAAAGUAGUUCAUUCCUGUUACAUGUCGUGAACAUCCGUGGCCGGAUGCAGCCGCCGUUGCCGGAAAAUUCUUUAGGUAAUCUUUUUGUACCUUCAAUUUCUCCAUUGUUUGAAGUUGACAAAGAAACAAAGAUGGAGCUACAAGAUUUGGUUGAAGUAGUGAGGAACACCAUCAAAAUGGUUGAUGGAAAUUAUGUGCGUAAGCUUCAAGGAGAUGGUCAAGAACUUAUGGAGACUCUUGAACCAAUGUCACAAAAGUUUUAUUUGGUGGCUAAGAAAGGUGUUCCUUGUUAUGGCUUCAGCAGUUGGGUGAGGUUUGGUUUUUAUGAAACAAAUUUCGGAUGGGGCAAGCCGACCUGGGUUUGUACUAUUGGAGUGCCUAUAAAAAAUGUGAUAAUUUUGAUGCCAGCUUGUUCUGGAGACGGAGGAUUAGAGGCUUGGAUCACUUUGAAUGAGCUUCAUAUGUGCCAAUUUUAA